AUGUUUGACUCCAUCGGGCUGCUUGUCAGUGGAUAUGGACUGGGGCAAAUCAUCGACAGCUUCAAGUUACAACGGUACAAGUCGUUUCCCGAGGCCCCGGAACUGACCCUGGCGUGGCGUGUUAUCAUGGAAAGCGCCUGCUUCUCGCAAUUGUUGCCUAGUGCAGGGCCAGCAAAUACAGCAGUAUUCCCGAAGAUGAUCGAGAUCGUCCGCAACGUCCUUCUUCAGGAGACUUCAACUGACCACUCGCGACUUUGCUGGAGCAAGGCCGUGGUGAAGCUCUUCCGCAUCUUGGUUUCAGAUGGUACGGGUUGCACCACGCUUCACAUGGACGAAAUCACGGCGAUUGCUCGCUUGGCAACUCUCCUUGAUGCGGCACCCGCGCAAUCUUCAGCCCCGGCUAGUUUCGUGGUGGAACCGCCACGCACGAUCAUAACUUAUGUGACAUUGGCGCAGUCUCCGGCUCCGGCUCCGGCUCCGUCUCGGGUUCAGGCUCAGCACGAAGCGGAGAACAUGGCAUGCUCGGACAAUGGGAGCGAUGGUGCACAUAGACCAACCUGUCAUGAGGAGUGCGGACAGAAAGGCGGAGCGCAUGAGCACUCUGACCUUGGUCGUUCUCUUGUCGAGGGGUUCUGCUGCGAGUCCAGCUGUUCAAAGGGCCACAAAUCCGAUAACCACAGCUCCGAUGAGGAUGAUUCGGACGACGAUGACCUCGCGUGGCUGUAUGCGCCGGUCCGGAAACCUAGAUUGAAAGAGGUGCAUCUCCUCAUAUCGUCGCAGCCGUACAUCUUCCCGCAUCUAUGGUUCGCCCGGACAUCGAUGAGCCAGGAUGCCGUCUUGACAGAAUUGCAAGCGCGAUACGACUUGGUCAAAGACAUCGAAAUCGACAUUGACCUACCCUCUUCUCUCCUGGUCGUGGGUCCCGCGUGA